AUGCGGCCCCGUCGCCUACCUGCGGCCUUGUCGCCUACCUGCGGCCCCGUCGCCUACAUGCGGCCCCGUCGCCUACCUGCGGCCCCGUCGCUGCCCUUCUCGGCUCAGGCGCCGCCCUUUCUCGGCCCCGACGCCGCCCUUCCCGACCCGGCCCAGUCUCUGCUGGCCCCGUCGCCUACCCUAGGGCCCCGGCGCCGCCCCCUUCCCGGCCCCGGCCCAGCCCCUGCUGGCCUCGUAGAUGACCUGCAGCUUCUCCUACAGUGCGAUAGGGCAGACGGUCUCUCCCUCUUUGACCUCACCUCUGGUGCCUCUCCUGCCCCUGCUGCUGAUGUUGACGCCAUUGUUUGCUCACACUGGGCCACACGCGAUGCUGCUGCACAUCUUGCUGUGCGUCGCCACCUGCCUACCUCUGAGCUCACCCACCUCCCUGACUCCCUUCGCGUAGUCAAGGACCACUUCCUCUCAGUUUGCCCCACCACCCUCACCGUUGACCUCCUAGAGAAGGCCCUCCUAGCAGCGGAGAAGAGCAUAGUCGCUGUAGGAGCCUCUCGUGGUGACCCUCGCAACCCCAUCUUUGAGGGGUGUUCCCCCUCCCCCCUUUUGCCCUCUGUUGCCUCUGCUGCUGCGGCCGACCUCGUUGGGCUUGAGUCGGUCGGUGCGGCGUCUACCCCUAGCGAGAGACGCCGCCCUGGCAAGGGCAAGGGGGGCAGGGGCGCUGGAGGAGCUAGCGGGGGCGGUGGAGGCGGCGGUGGAGGCGGCGGAGGGAGUGGGGGUGGCGGUGGGGGUGGUGGCGGAGGUGGAGGUGUCGGUGGCGGCAGUGGAGGCGGAGGCGGCGGCGGCGGUGGCGGUGGGAGCGGAGGUGGUGGCGGAGGUGGCGGCGGUGGAGGAGGCGGUGGCGGAGGAGGUGGAGCUGGUCGGGGUGGCGCUGCGCAGAGGGUCGGCUCCGGUGGAGGUCAGCGCCAGCAACAGCAGCAGCAGCAGCAGCGCACUCGUGACAUCCCCUCCCCUCAGCAGCUCCGUGAGUGGUACACUGCACGCCAGCGGGGUGGGGGUAGUGGUCCGUGCACCUACGUCCUACGCACCGGCGACCGCGCAUGUGAGCAGUGUGGGGAUGCGCACUCCACCCAGCGUUGCUUUGGCGACCUGACGGACGCUUGGCGUCACCAGUUCCCAGAGGCCACGGAGAUCCCCCGCUGGGGUGAGCUGUCUAGGGCGGGAGUAGCUGUCUUUGACCUUGACUUUGAUGCUAUUCUUGCUGCCAUGUAUGCUGUGACUAUUAGUGAUGAGGGUGACUGUUACCGGUGUUUUCCGCCCGACCCGGGCAUUGACACUGCCGCUCUAGGUACUGGUGAGGCUGCUGCUCUAGGUGCUAGCGGGGAUGCUGCUCUAGGUGCUCGUGUGUCAGCUCCCUCAGGUGCUGGUGAGUCUGCUCUCUCAGGUACUACGUCGGCUUCGGCCUCCGACACCUUCACCCUUGACUCGGGGGCUUCUCGCUCCUUCUUUCGAGACCGCACCACACUCACGCUGCUUGGCCGGCCAGUUGCAGUCUCUCUGGCAGACCCCUCUGGGGGUCCUGUCCUUGCUCACUACUCCACUGUCCUCCCGUGUCCGGCGGCCCCCUCUGGCACCCUGCCUGGUCUUUACCUCCCCUCGUUCUCUACAAACUUGGUGAGUGGUGCUGACCUACAGGAUGCGGGGGUUCACCAGUUCACUCCAACGCGUCAGCGGGUGACCCACUGCACGGACGCUCGGAAAGGACGACACCUAGCCACGUUUACACGUCGGCCGGGGUCGAGCCUGUACACAGUGACCACUGCGUCUCCUCCUGUCACUGCGUCUGGUCAGCUAGCUGCGUCAGGUCAGGUGUUUGCUGCAGCGUCCAGGUCUGGUCCUGAGUCUGCCCCCUGCUCGUGUCGCCUCCUGUCUCACGAGACUCUCCUCUGGCACCACCGCCUUGGUCACCCCUCCCUGCUUCGUCUCCGAGGCAUGGCCUCCCGUGUCCUUGUCUCUGGUCUUCCCCGGUCCCUCCCUCCCCUUCCUCCUGGGCCUGGCCCUACCUGCGUCCCCUGUGUUGAGGGGCGUCAGCGGGCUGCCCCUCACUCCUCCCAGUUUCCUCCGACAGAGGCCCCGCUGCAGACGCUUCACAUGGACGUGUGGGGCCCGGCCCGCGUCCGUGGACAGGGUCACGAGCGCUACUUCCUGCUGGUGGUUGACGACUACUCGCGUUACACCACAGUCUCCCCCUUGCGCAGCAAGGGUGAUGUCACUGAGGUGUUGAUCGACAGUAUCCGCGCGGCUCGUCUCCAGCUCAGGCAGAGCUUCGGCUCGGACUUUCCUGUUCUGCGUCUGCACUCUGACAGAGGCGGAGAGUUCCCCUCUGGCCUUCUGCGAGCCUACUGUCGUGCACGAGGCAUCUGCCAGACCUUCACGCUUCCAGAGUCCCCACAGCAAAAUGGGAUUGCUGAGCGCCGCAUUGGCAUGGGUCAUGGAUGUCGCUCGUACGUCCAUGAUGCAUGCGGCUGCCCCCCUUUUUCUAUGGCCGUUUGCGGUUCGGUUGGCGAUGCGUCUGCGUUCCGUGUCUGGGGAUCUCGGGCGUUUGUUCGCGACUUGUCUGCGGACAAGCUGUCCCCUCGUGCUGCUCCUUACGUCUUCCUUGGCUUCCCCCCUGACGCGCCAGGGUGGCAGUUCUACCACCCCACCUCUUGCCGUGUUCUGUCCUCCCAGGACGUCACGUUUGACGAGUCGGUCCCCUACUACCGCCUCUUCCCCUACCGCACUCCGUCCCUCCCCCCGCCACUGCUCUUCCUUGUACCAGGUUCCCCCCCGGUAGACCCCCUCCCCCCUCAGGGUCCUGCCCCUUCAGGUGUGUCCCAGGUAGACGCUGUCGAGCCAGUCGAGGUUACUGGUGACUCUAAUGCUGCUGAGGGUGCUGAGCCUAGGGGUGCUGACUCUGGGGGUGCUGAGCGUGUGGGUGCUGUGCGUGGGGGUGCUGAGCCUGCGGGUGCUCCUACUGGGGGUGCUGAGCUUGGGGGUGCUGCGAAUGGGGGUGCUGAGCCCAAGGGUGCUGCAACUGGGGGUGCUGAGCCUAGGGGUGCUGAGCCUGGGAGUGCUAUGCCUGGAGGUGCUGAGCGUGGAGGUGCGGAGCCUGAGGGAGUUGGGCCUACUCCUGUGGCGUCUGGCGGUGCCGGGCCUGGAGGUUCUCCGGGUGCUUCGUCUCGACGGGAGCCCCUCUCUCUACAGGAGCUGCGUGUGUGGUUUGCCCGGCGCUGGAGUCGUGGUGCUGGAGCUGGAGGUUCUCCAGCUGCUGAGGGUGCUGGUGCCGCGGGUCACGGAGGUGCUCGUGCUGGGAGUAGUGGAGCUGCUGGGCCUGCGGGUGCGACUGGAGCUGGUGCUGCUGAGGGUGUUGGCGCGGAGGCUGCUGCUGUCGGUCCUGGAGGCGGACCUACUGGGGGUACUACUGGUGCUGCUGGAGGUACUGGAGCUGGAGGUGCUCCUGGCGCUGGUGCUGCCGCUGGGGGUACUGAUGCUGUCUCUGCUGUAUCUGGAGUCGCCGCGCGGCCUCGGCUGUACUUCGUUCCGCUCCUUCAGCAGCCUUCUCCUCCUGAGUCCUCUCUUCCUGCUCUUGCCAACCCGGAGUCGAGCUCUCUUUGUGCUGCCAGUCCUACUGUCACGCGUCUCCUUGCUACUGUCGUCACUAACCCUUCCUUUGAGUCCACUGCUGCGUCUGCCUUAGUUACUGAGCUCGUCGACUUUGCUGCUCGCUGUCGUCUAGACUACGCUGCUAGUCUUGUCGCUGAGUCUGAGUCUGUCUGUCCUCCGUCCGUUGGGGGUGAGUGUGCCCUUGGCACAGACGUCCAGUGCCUGGCUGCUGCUUCACCUCAUCUCGUGUCCGUACUGCUUUACCCUGAGGGAGACCCGGAUGCACUUGACAUCCCGACUCCGCGCUCUUACGCGGAGGCGAUAGAAGGUCCCUACUCCUCUCAGUGGCAGGCAGCUAUGGACGCAGAGAUGGCUUCCUGGAAGUCCACAGGCACCUACGUCGACGAGGUUCCCCCGCCUAGGGCGAACAUCGCUAGUGGCAUGUGGAUUUUCAGGGUGAAGCGGCCGCCGGGUUCUCCGCCUGUCUUCAAGGCGCGGUACGUGGCUCGUGGCUUCAUCUACGAUCUCCGCCAGGCACCGCGUGAGUGGCACGACACACUGAGGACUACACUUGCGGCUCUCGGGUUUGCUCCCUCUACUGCCAACCCGUCGCUGUUUCUGCGCACCGACACUUCUUUGCCGCCGUUCUACAUCCUCGUGUACGUCGGCGACCUGGUCUUUGUCACUGCUGACGCUGCUGGACUUGCCCACAUGAAGUUCGAGCUGCAGAAGAGACACACGUGCAAAGACCUGGGUGAAUUGCGCAGCUACCUUGGCUUGCAGAUCACCCGGGACAAAGCACGCCGCACCAUUACCCUGACUCAGUCACACAUGGUGCAGCAGGUCCUUCAGCACUUCGGCUUCACGUACUCCUCGCCUCAAGCCACUCCUCUGCCUACUCGCCACUCGCUCUCAGCUCUGCCUUCGAAUGAGUCCGUAGAGGCGAGUGGCCCGUACCCAGAGCUUGUUGGCUGCCUCAUGUACCUGAUGACCUGCACUCGACCUGACCUUCCAUACCCUCUUAGCAUUCUCGCACGCUAUGUUGCUCCUGGGAGCCACAGACCGGAGCACAUGGCUGUAGCGAAGAGGGUGUUGCGCUACUUGUGCAGUACGUCGGGCAUGGGGCUUGUGCUUGGAGGGCAGAGUCCAGUGGUCCUCACUGGGCACGCAGACGCUUCUUGGGCUGACGACCAGGCUACGCAUCGGUCGUCACAGGGUUACACCUUCAGCCUUGGUUCUGGCUCUGUUUCGUGGCGGGCUACCCACUCGUCUUCUUUUCUCGGCUCCAGUUGUGAGGCUGAGAUCUACGCCAGGGCCAUGGCUGCACAGGAGCUUUGCUGGCUCACCUACCUGUUGACUGACCUCAGAGAGCCGCCACGUUCUCCUCCAGUGCUGUACGUAGACAACAAGGCCAUGCUGGCCUUGUGUCGAGAGCACAGACUGGAGCACAGAACGAAGCACAUUGCUCUUCGCUAA